AUGCCCCUCGUGACUCCAUCGCUCGCCGUAUCAAACUGCACCCUGCCACACUCCCCGCUGCCGGUGCGCGACGGGUCGCUCUGCUCGGUGCCCGCGUGCGCCGCGUGCGGCCGGCUGCUUCCGUCGCUGCUGCUCAUCGGCUCAAUCAAGACGGGCUCGACGCUGCUGUGGGGCCGGCUGGUCGACUAUAGCGAGGGCGCCAUAGACACGGGCAGGACCACCGACAAGGGUUACAUCUCCAAGAAGGAGAAGGACUUCUUCGGCGACCCUGCGCAGUGGCGCCGUGGCCGCGGCUGGUAUGAGCGGGCGUGGCCAAAGUGCCCGGCUAGCGGCGCGCGCACCGUCGUCGGCAUCGAUGCGACCCCGGCGUACCAUGUGUGGUACGAUGCGCCGAAGAACAUGGCCGCCUUCUACGGCCGGGCGCUCGGCCAGCUCCGGCUCGUGUGGAUGCUCCGCGACCCGCUCAAGUCGUACGGCGGCGACUGGGACAGGGUCACCUUUGACGCCUUCACCGCGCCCAAGCUGAACCGGUCGCGCGAGACAGGACGCGAGAGGGACACUCUGUCGGCAGAGCGGCGCCUCUAA